UACAUAAAAGAAGCUACGAUGGUUGUAAUUUUCUUCUUUCAAUCUUUAUUUUCAAUCUGUUUUCAGUGAAAACUCGUGGUAUCCAUCGGAAGUAGCAAAAACGCUUCAGUGAACCUGGGUCCAGUGAAUCAAAGUGUAUUUUACCCUCGAUUCCCCCUCGUUUAUAAUGAUUUUAUCGCUAACUUCCCGGACGUGCUUGUCAGGAACAAGAUUAUUUUUUGGGAAAAAGUUACUCUCAUCCGUUCUUGUCAAUGACUUGGCUGCACUAAAAUUUACCGUCCCAGACCAAAUAAGGAUCCUCAAAACUUUCAAUUCAUUAGCAUCAAAUAAUUUUGAUACUGUUUGCCGCUUAUCAAGUAGCCGACACUCGUUUCAAAAUACUUUCAUGAGCACCUCCAACAAAGGAGAAAAACCUGCAGAUGCCAGCGCUGAUACCAGUAAAGUAAAAGUUAAUCCAAUGAAGGAGAAAUUGAGAUUGGCUGUCAGAGACUAUGGUGCUACAGUUAUAGUGUUCCAUAUUGGAAUAUCACUCAUAUCCCUGGGAACAUUUUAUUUAGCAGCAUCAAGUGGUUUAGAUGUGGAGGGAAUGGCUCAAUCAGUUGGAUUUGAUGGUCCUGUCACCGCAGCCACAGUCGGUAAUGCUGGUACCUUUGUUAUUGCUUAUGCUAUUCACAAAUGUUUUGCUCCGGUAAGAAUAACUAUCACUCUUACGGCUGCACCAUUCAUAGUUCGAUAUCUUCGUAGUAAAGGUAUUUUGAAAGUGAAACCCCCUCAAUAAGUUCCCCAAGAUUCACAACUCUGUUAAUGCUAUAAGAGACUCUCUCUGAUUAUUGCUGUUUAAUGGAAUAGCAAAUGCCAACAGCCAAAUAACUCAAAAACGAACAACUGCUAUCACAUCUGCCUAUGUCCCAACAUUACUCUCCUGAGAAAUUACCGAUUGUACUUAUUCCAAUGGUCGCUAUGGCUGAGCUUUUUGGUUUUCUCCUUUUUAUUGCUCGGGGUCAAUCCUUUUCUUUUGCUCACUUACUUAACUAACUUAAGUGCGAAGUGCUAAGCAUGGAACGCAGUUGUUUUAAUUGAUUAUGAAAUCUAACCUACAGAGAAUUUCUGGACCUCAGUGUUUGAGUAGAAAUUGAUUUGGGAGUGUUUAGGACAGUUAUUGAGCCUAGACAUUCAACUUAUUAAUGUACUUUAAUUGAUGGAUAACCCAACAUGAUAGGGCUUCAUUCCUUACGGUCCUUUCAUUAAGGCACAACACAUUGAUUGAUCAACCCUCUGUAAAGUAAAGGUAGAUACUGAUCGUGAUGAACAUAACUCUUGCAAUCAAACUUUCUGAUAAAAAUUAAAAUUUUGACUGUUACAUUGGUUUGCAUAAAGUUAUGUUUGUAAUUAGAAAGCAUAUAAUGUGUUUUAAAUUUUCCAUUUGUAUAAUAAUUAAUUUAGUGGUAAGCUAUUAAUUGAUUAUUGUCAAUUUUGUCAACAUCGGGUUUCUUCUUUCUUUGUUAGACUAAUUAGACUGCAAUAGGCGAAUUGUAUCCACAGAUUUAGGAUUUCUCUUUGUUUGUGGCUCAUGUGAUGCUUUGACAAGAACAACUGAGUCCAUGCUGAAAGUUGGACCCCUACUGAACGAUUGAAUUUUGUGUUUUUGGAUAAGUUCUUUUUUAUCACAUUCUUGUUAUUUUCCAAAUGGUUGUUAUGUACAUACAAGAUAAAUAAAUUUAUAAUUAUUGUCAUCAA